GAGUGUGAAAUGUAAUAAGGGGAGGGGGCACCGGGAAUUUGUUACGAAAGGUAAAACGCGCCAGGUUCGGCUUCUAUCCCGAAAGAGAGCUUCGAACAGAGGAAUUUGGAGCACACACGCCCGUAUAUUUGUCCAGUUUCUUCUGUCAAGUGCCUACACGAAAACCACCAUGGCGACGAGACGUUCAAAGCGCCACGCUGCCGAGAAGGACAUGACACCGGUCCAGAUGGAAGGAGCCCUCAAAAUAUCUCAAAUGGUACCCAAGCGCCUUCAGUACUCCCCUCCUCUCGCUGCACCACAACACUGGGGGAAGUCAAGUGGGUUGGUCUCCAUCUUAUGGACAACCCUAACAAGGCGCAAGAAGCACGACAUAGAAAACAUCCAACAUGAAGAAGAGGAGUCUUUAUCACAUGCUGAAAUCUCUGAUGCAGAGGAUCCAAAUGUUCACGGACUCUCGGCGUACGAGCUGGAACGGCUGGAGAACAUCAGGAAGAAUCAAGCCUUCCUCUCCUCUAUCAAUCUACUUCAGGCGUCAAAAGACUUAAAGCAGUCUUCAGCAAAGCGGCAGCCGUCGCAGCGAGGUCUGACAAGGUCAAUAGUGGUAAAAGAAGUCCUCCCAUCUCGAAAGUCGCUGCGUCUCCAAAACAAAGAAGCACAGGUCCUCAUACUUCCCCCCGAACCACAUAAAACGGAUGUCGUAGAAAAGCCCAAGAAGCCUGCAGGCCCGCUGCCUUUGGAGCCAGUCAACAUGGCCGAAGGAAGCAAGAUACCGCCUCAAUUUUUCCAACUCUGCAUGGAGGGGUCUUCAAAAGAAAGACGAGUGGAACUGGAUUUGAAGGAGUACUGCACUUCGCUGAAGAAUAUGACGAUAAGUGAAGACCGUGUGGCCAAAGUUGUGAAAGGGCGCAUUUUCUCCGCAGCCUUCCACCCGGCCCCCGCUCGCCUCCUCAUGGCUGCUGGAGACAAGUAUGGGAAUGUGGGCCUCUGGAGUGUGGAUGACGACUGGGGCGACGAUGGCGUUCUCAUGUUUGAGCCCCACUCUCGCCCGGUGCCCUGCUUAGCCUUUUCCAGGACGGACCCCGCUCAGUUGCUGAGUCUCAGCUACGACGGAUCCCUGCGCUGCAUCGAUGUGGAGAAGGGUGCAUUUGAUGAUGUUUACAACAUUGAAGAGGGCCUGAAAACCUUUGACUUCCUGUCACAUGACUGUUCGACACUAGUGGUGGGGGACUGCUAUGGAAACAUCGCAAUCGUAGACCGGCGGACUCCAGGAACUUCACACGUGUCCCUCCACUCGCUGGACCCCAAGAUUGUGCGCUGUGUCGGCGUUCACCCUCUCCAACAACAAUACUUUGCCGUGGCCGAGAGCAGGGAGGUGAGCAUUUACGACGUGCGGUGUCUGAAGUCCAACAGCCGACCCGUUUCCCGGCUGCAAGGGCACUCUUUAUCUGUAUCCAGCUGUUACUUCUCCCCGUGCACUGGCAACAGAGUGGUCACUACGUGCAUGGACAACUAUAUAAGGUUCUUUGACACGUCGACCGUGGGGACUGAAGCGCCCCUGCUGACAUCCAUUAGUCACGACAUGAGGACCGGCCGCUGGCUGUCCAAAUUUUCCGCCGUGUGGGACCCCAAAAAGGAGGACUGCAUUUCAAUAGGCAGCAUGUCGAGGCCACGCAACGUGCAAGUGUUCCACGAGAGCGGCCGGAGGCUGCACACGUUCACAGACGACGAGCGCCUCACCACCGUACUGUCCGUCACGGCCUUCCACCCCGCCCGAAACGCCAUUCUGGGUGGUAACGCUUCCGGACGCCUGCACGUCUUCUCAGACUGAACCUCUUCGCGUUGCGUGCAAUCACAAUGGUGGGAAGUCGUUCAAGGAUAAAUAAUUUGAUGUUAAGAAUAUUAAGAUAAACCUAAUACUUUUUUUGUUACAUUUUUAACAGGGUCAAGAAAUAUUUAUGUUUGCUGCGUUGCAUUUGCAUGUUUCUAAGUCUUUCCUUUUGAAAGUGGUCAAAUAAAUGUUGGGAGUAAAAUGUU